AUGACAUCUUCUGCCAACCCAGCUUCCUCGACCAGCAGAUCUUCCAAUCCCAGCGGAUCUGCAACCACAGCCCAUGAAAGCCAGAUCAGGACCCCCGUCCAUCCAUCAUCGACUAUUGACCCAAAGUCUGCGGCUCUCAUCCGCGAAAUACUUCGUCAGGAAGUCGACGAUAUGAUGGAUAAGACCAAGGGCAAGCAGCCAAAUCGAGGGCCAAGUGAUAUCGAGCUCGCGCUUGAACAGUGGGACCGUGAGCUCAGUGCCCAGGAGCAAUUCGAGAUGGAUUUUGCAAUGGCCAAAAGCCUCGAUAUGGCAGUCCGAGAUGAUGGAAAUGUCAUUACAAUGUUCCAGCAAGAGGAGACUAGAGCAUGCGCUGACCGCCAGCUGGCCAUGCGCAUCGCUCGGAUAGAUGGGAGAACCGAACAGACAGACACAGUUCCUUCUGACGCAGAGCGUAUUCACCACGUGGAUGCAGCAGUCGCCGGAUCAAGUUCUUGGGCUGAACCAAGUGGUACUGCCUCAAAAGGCAGAGCACGGCCAGAAAAACGUGAUGUCUCGGAAGAGCUCAAGCGAAUGAAGCUCGCUCACGAGCCCACCACCCUGAAAACAGGCACAGACGAGCAGACUGGACGUGAGUCUCCAGAAUCAUCUCAAAGGGCUAAGCAGCAACCACACUCAGCUGCACCAGAAUACGCCUGCGUUUCGUGUAAUGACCCCGGUGAUGAGAUCGCGGUCAUUCAGGCCCCAUACUCGCACCACUACUGUGUGGACUGUCUUAAUCAACUCGUCACGCAGUCAAUUGUCGACGAGUCCCUCUUCCCCCCUCGCUGCUGCCGGAUGACCCUCCCUCUAUCUAUCAUCAGUGUUUUGAUCGGUCCAGAUCUAACACGGCAGUAUGAGGAAAAAAGCAUCGAGCGCGCGGAUCCCGAAAGAACGUACUGCUCAAAUAAAACCUGCUCGUCGUACAUCCUUCCAGAUUGUGUGUCUGGCUUCGUCGGCACCUGCAGGCAAUGCGAGACAAAGACUUGUACGAUCUGCAAAGACGAGGCGCACAAGGGAAACUGCCAGACAGCAGUGGACGAUCUACUCGAUAUUGCGGGUGAACAAGGGUGGCAACAAUGUAUCUGUGGGCACCUUGUCGAGCUAAACACGGGCUGCAAUCAUAUGACGUGA